AUGGAUGAUAACGAUGGAGGGGCGAGUGAUACCGAAGCUCAGAAUCAUUUGGAGGUCGUGUUCUAUCCGGACUGCAGUCACCGUCGCAAAUCCUCCCUUGUUAUGAUGGACAAGCCGAGGGUCCGAUCUCACCCAGCUCAGGAUGACCUGACGACCGCCUGCUAUGUUCACUCCCUCAUUGCGAGCGAAUGGACCUCACCACCACACCACCUGAAACAUACAGAAGAUGCGCAAGAUCUGGAAGAUAUAACACGGACAGUGGACGAGGCUCAACCCGUGACAAAUACCAAAGGUUUCGAGCCAGAUGACCCGGUCCCGGUGCUCGAUACGGACGAGAAAGCGAUACCUACAAUUCUCGAAUCCCGGCAUCUUACGAAAAGACAGCUAUCAGAUAUGGCUUGGAAUGUGCGAAAGCUAUCCAAGAAGCUGGGCAGCAUCAAGCUCAGGCUCACCGUGAAAACUGUCUUCGUGGUCAGCAAGGCGAAGGACGAGUCGCUGGUAAGCCUGACUCGAAAGCUUACAAGAUGGCUACUUUCCAAGGACCGCGACUCCGCGUACGUGGUUUACGUCGAGCGGCGGCUCGAGACGCAUCCGGACUUCGGUGCGUUGCAACUGAUAGAAGACGAGCCCUCCGCCGAAGGCCGGCUCAGGUACUGGGACCCUCAGCUCGUGCAUGACAAGCCGCAUUUGUUUGAUUUUGUGAUCACGCUCGGUGGGGAUGGAACCGUCCUAUACACGAGUUGGCUGUUUCAACGCAUCGUACCGCCCGUACUCUCCUUUGCGUUGGGCUCACUAGGCUUCAUGACCAAUUUCGACUUUGCGGAUUACCAGAAGAGCCUCAAUAAUGCUUUCCGGGAUGGCGUUUUCGUCAGCCUACGGCUACGGUUCGAGUGCACCAUCAUGCGCAGCAAAGCGCGACUAAACGACCCACACGGGCCCUCUCUAUCAAAACGUGACCUGGUAGAGGAGCUGAUCGGGGAGGAAGGGGAGGAUACAUUGACGCAUACCCCAGAUCGAGUGCAUGAGAUUCUCAACGACGUAGUCCUUGACCGGGGACCAAACCCAACCAUGUCUCAAAUCGAAAUAUUUGGUGACGACGAACAUUUCACCACCCUGCUUGCUGACGGAAUGUGCAUUGCUACCCCGACCGGAUCGACUGCUUACAACCUCGCCGCUGGUGGCUCUCUUUCGCACCCUGAUAACCCUGUCAUCCUCGUUACCGCUAUCUGCGCCCACACGCUAUCAUUCCGACCUAUUAUCCUACCAGAUACCAUUGUCUUGCGCAUGGGUGUGCCGUACGAUGCGCGUACGAGCUCAUGGGCUGGCUUUGAUGGACGAGACAGGGUUGAGUUACAUCCCGGUGACUAUCUUACCGUAUCAGCCUCGAGAUAUCCCUUUGCCAAUGUCUUACCUCCCGGUGGGCAGGGUGAGGGCUGGGUGCAUAGCAUCUCCAAGACGUUGAACUGGAAUUCUCGACAAAAGCAGAAGAGCUUCAAGUAG